AUGGUGCGCCUGCUCUUCUACCUGCUCCCAUCGCUUCUCUUCUUCCUGUUUGACAUCCUGACCCCCUCCGCCGCGGUCGUGGUCAAAGCACAGGGCGAAGCCGGUCUGCCGUCGGGCAAGAAGCGCGGCAAGAUCCGGCUGAAAGAGCUCAAGGUCGCGGGCUGGGCCAUCGCGAACCUGGCGCUCAGCAUCGCCGCGCAGGCGGCCAUCGAGGAAGCCCGCACACGACUCUUCGGCCUGCACAGCGCGCUCAAGGUCUCCAUGCGCCUGCCGCUGCCCUGGGAGAUCGUCAAGGACAUGUUUUGCGGACUACUGGGGCGAGAGGUCCUCGCGUACGGCAUCCACCGCUACGUGCUGCACGCAAAGCGCCGCUCGCGCCUCACCGACUCCCACGCCGCCUGGUACCACGCGCUGCGCGCGCCGUUCCCGCUGACGGGCCACUACGACCACCCGCUCGUGUAUCUGAUUGCCAACUUCGUGCCGACGUAUCUGCCCGCCAUGCUCUUCCGCUUCCACAUGCUGACGUACCUGCUCUACCUGGCUAUUAUCUCGAUCGAGGAGACCUUUGCCUUCUCCGGGUACUCGGUGAUGCCGACGAAUUUCUUCCUGGGCGGUCUUGCGCGGCGCACGGACAUUCACCUGCUCAGUGGGGCGGAAGGCAAUUAUGGCCCGUGGGGGAUUUUGGACUGGGUUUGUGGGACGACCGUCGGGGAUGAGGAGGACGAGGAGAACGAGGAGGGGGCCCAGGAGGAUAGUGUUGAAGAAGAGAUUAGGCGGUUUGUUGAGGAGGCGAAGCGGAAGAGGAGGGAGGGUCAGCAGCGGCUGCGGAGACGGCGCAGGGAGGAUUAUUAUUCUUAG